GACUUAGAAAGAUACUGGAGGGCUUAAAGUAAAAAUUAUUGAAAAUAGCAAUUUUGUGAUGUCCGAAAUAAGCUAUAUCGCAAGGAUCGCCUUUCUUCCCGGGAGAAACCUUUCCACCUAACCGUGAAGUGUUCUCGUCGUCUGCUUCUGUUUGCUUCUAGUUAUUCCCAGCACUCUGAUGUUUGAAUUCCGUAACAUGAGUAACAAGUAUUUUUAAUUAAAUGGAACAGCAUCAGCGAUAUUCUGGGGAACAUCAUUAUACAGCAGUCUCAACAGAUAAUUAUUUACAACCAGCGUGGUUAUGUGUACCACAGAUAAAAGUUGAAGAUGAUCUUGGUGCUUACCAUUGCCAGACAUCAUACAUGAACAACGAAAUCCAUACUGUAAAUUCAAGGGCUGGAUUCAUUGAAAGUCCUUUGGAAUGCAACACGCCUUAUAGUAAAGAACUAACAUCAAUGACUGAUUCAUGUACUAAUUUCUGCAAUAACCAAAAAAUGUUGAGUACUUCUUCAAGCAAUGGUUACACUGAAGAGACUAUCAUACCUGUAGCGCAUGGAUCAACUCAAGGAACAACUAGUCACAAUACAUGUCUCAACCAAGAAAGUGGAAAUUCUCUGUUCUUGACCUCUAAUGAUGAGCAGGAAAAGAGGAGCAAGUCACACAGCUCUAUAUUAUGGAGUAAUGUGCCCAGAGAAAGUGAACAGGUGCAGAAUUCCCUCUACCAAAGGGUGAAGCAACGAUUUGAUGCUGAUACCAAUGAAGUAAAGGACAAAAAAUUGGAUGUUAGGACUGUAGACUGUGAUGAAUAUGACUCAAGGCAAGCUUUCGAUCUGACUUGUAGAAACAAAACCAUUUCAGAAGAAGAAUGUACCACAAACAAUAAUUCCUACAUCAGUGAUGACCAAGUAAUGGGAAAUCCAGCACAGACAAGAUGUGCACCGAAGCCUCAAACAUGUAAAAUUUGUGGGAAAGUUCUUUCUUCUCCCUCCUCUUAUUAUGUGCAUAUGAAGCUUCAUUCAGGCAACAAGCCAUAUGCAUGCACUAUCUGUGAAGCUUCCUUCUGCCGCAAGCCAUAUUUAGAGGUUCAUAUGAGAACUCACACUGGUGAACGUCCAUUUGAAUGUGGCACAUGCAAUAAGCGUUUCACACAGAAGAGUAGUCUUAAUACUCACAAACGAGUUCACACUGGGGAAAGACCUUAUUCCUGUGAUAUCUGUCACAAAACAUUUGCUGUCAAAAGCUAUGUAACUGCUCAUAGGUGGAGCCACGUUUCAGAGAAACCACUUGGAUGUCAACGAUGUGCUUUAACUUUUACAUCUAAAACCCUCUUUGCUCUUCACAUUAGAACACACAUUGAUCAGAAUCACGAAUGCCACAUUUGUGGAAGAACAUUCAUGAAAGACUCCUAUCUGAUUCGGCAUCAAAACAAAGUUCACAGAGAAUCUAAUGUACCAUAUCCUGAGACAAAUAAUUCCAGGUCACCUAGUUCAAGCCCAACGGAUGUUGACUCGUAACAGCUCUAAAGCAAGCUUUGCUUGAUGAUUUGUUAAUCCUCCUAAUAAGUACAUAAACUUAGAUGUACGUAGAGUGUUGUUUUUUACAUUAGGUAACUUCCCCUUGGUUCAAUUGUAUUUAUUUCUUCAAUCUUGUGCUAUAAUAUGACAAUUUAAGUCCUUCUACGUUAAAUGUUUUUCUCUGAUCUCAUUUCCUGUGCUAUAUUCUUGCAAGCUGUAUUGAAUUUAAAUAUGUUCUAGUUACAAAUGCUAUGAAAAAGUGAACUUGAAAUAAAUUCUAGAUGUCUCAUCUUUUACCAAAAGUUUA